UCGCCUUCCACUGAUAAAACACAACAAAAUCGUCAAAAAAACUUCAAAUGUGUAGACAAGUGUUCUAACUUAUACAUACUGUUUUUAACUUUUUUUCCAAACGUUAUCUAAUUAGCUAAAAUCCAAGUCCACCUGAGAAAAGAAGUAGCAGCAACGUCUUUGUACUAAAUAUCUAUUUCCAGAAUCUUUUUAAAACACCUUGCUACAACAACUUAUGUGAAUUUCCCAAUGUGCACAAUGCCUAGUUUGAAUAUCCCACUUCCCCCAUGCAUAUUCCUCGUUCUUUUUUUCUUGCUCAUCAGCCAAAGAUGUUGUUAUGGAAGCUACACACCUUUGGGAUUUGACUGCUCAAACACCAGUACUUACAGUCAAAAUAGCUCUUAUCCAUCUAACCUCAAUUUGCUACUAUCCAAUUUAUCAAAUGCCUCUAGCAAAAACAGUUAUUACAACUCCACUACUGGCGGUGAAGAUAGUUCUGAAACAAUUUAUGGCAUGUUUCUCUGUCUAAAUGAUGCUACCAAGAACCAAUGCCAAGAUUGUGUGAGUAGUGCUACUAAAUACAUAAUCCAGCAUUGCCCCAACAGAAAAAUGGCUAUGGUUUCGUAUGACUACUGCUUCUUACGAUAUUCAAAUCAAUCGAUAUUUCCUGAGCCAAAUCCGUCCAUAUUUAUCCAUCCAGAUGAUUCCAGUUCUUAUGUGGAACAUAAUCCAAUCCCAAUUAACGUUGAACCACAUAGGUUCAGAAAGAUGCUAAGAGACACGAUGGAUGAAAUUGCAACUCAGGCUGCUAACGAUCGCUCAGGGAAAAAAGUUGCAACUAAAGAAACCAAUUUUACUAACCAGAUAACAAUUUAUGCACUUUCUCAGUGCACUCCUGAUCUUUCUACUUCUGCCUGCCUAAAGUGCCUUAAAACUGUGAUAACCAAGUUCCCAGUCUGCUGUACUGGGCAAAGGGGUGCUAGGAUUUUCUAUCCUAGCUGUUAUAUCAGGUAUGAAGUGUAUUCUUUCUACACAACCAAAACAGUACCUGUGCCUCCUCUUGCUCCGCCUCCGUCCAAAAGUAAAGGUCAUCACGAUAAAAUGAGAAAGAAAGUAAUUGUUGGCACAAUAGUUCUCAUUGUGUUGAUUCUACUAUUCAGUGGAAUCUUUCUUUUGCGACGGUGGAGAAUGAAGAAAAGCAAAGCUCCAAAAAUGGAGCUGAGUGAUGAUCUCUUGAGUGGGAUUGUAACAGCUGAAUCCUUGCAAUAUGACUUUAGUACAAUAGAAACAGCCACAAACUGCUUCUCUGCGCAAAAUGAAAUCGGUAAAGGUGGAUUCGGUGAUGUGUAUAAGGGGGAACUUAUUACUGGACAAGAAAUAGCCGUAAAAAGGCUAUCAAGAAGGUCAAGCCAAGGUGUAGAAGAAUUUAAGAAUGAGGUUGUACUCGUAGCAAAGCUUCAACACAGAAAUUUAGUGAGACUACUCGGUUUUUGCUUGGAAGGGGAAGAAAAGAUACUCAUCUACGAGUUCGUGCCAAACAAAAGCCUCGACUACUUUUUAUUUGACACGAAGAAGCAGGCAUUAUUGAAUUGGUCAGUACGUGACAAGAUUAUUAGAGGAAUAGUACGAGGAUUAGUUUAUCUUCAUGAAGAUUCUCGUCCUCGAAUCAUACAUCGUGAUCUCAAAGCAAGCAAUAUAUUGUUAGACAAAGAUAUGAACCCAAAAAUUUCAGAUUUCGGCAUGGCUAGAAUUUUUGGAGUUGAUCAAACUGAAGGAAGCACUAACAUAAUUGUUGGGACAUAUAGUUACAUGUCCCCAGAAUAUGCAAUGCAUGGUCAAUUCUCUGUGAAGUCUGAUGUAUUCAGUUUUGGUGUGCUUCUUUUGGAGAUAAUAAGCGGAAAGACAAUAAGAACUCUUUAUCAAGAAGAUGGAUUGCAUGACCUUCUUACCCACGCUUGGAAGCUAUGGAAAGAUGACAGAGCUAUGGAAUUUGUAGAUCCAACUCUUAUUAAUGGUGACUCAAAGUCGUUGUCUGAAGUUGUGAAAUGUUUACAUAUUGGACUGUUAUGCGUUCAAAAUGAAGUCGACGAAAGACCAACAACUGCUUUGAUAGCUCAUAUUCUCAGUACUGAUUCUGCUACUUUGCCAGAGCCAAAUCCACCUACAUCUUUCAAGGCUUAUGCAGGAAUGAAAACGAUAAAUCAACUCACAAACAAAUCCAUUCCAUUGCCUAUUCUCCAAGAAUCAAUUACUGAACUAUGUCCAAGGUAGUCUUAUGGAAAAGGUAUUUCAUAAUUGGAAGCAUCAAAUGUAAACUGCAUUGCAUAUUUUGUUCAUUGUAGAUAGGGAUUUUGCGAAACUCUAGUGACUCAUAAUUAUUUAAGGUACUUCCCCUCGUUAAGUUCAACUUUAUGAUUGGUAAGUAAAAGGAUCUAAUGAGCUAAAUGAAACAUGGGGAGGAAAAUUUACCUUUU